UACGACUGUAAAGAAAGUUGCACUACAAAUUGGAGAUUUGAGAAGACUCAAAAUUAUUUUAGUUUUUCUUGUUGCAAAAGUUUGAAAUCAAGACCUUGAUUUUUUAGAAGAAGUAUAAUAGUGAUACUGUAUCCGAAAAAUCAAAUCUUUCCGAAAAUCCAAUCCAGUGAAGGGAAAAAGGUGAUAUUUUUCUCAGUCGUUGUGCUUUUUGUUGGUCUAAUUGAGCAAGUCCAGGAAUUUGUGCUAUGGUUCUUGCUAUAGUAGCAGGUGCCUCCGUGGCAGCUGCUGCCUUGGGAGGCAGAUAUUUGAUACGAAGCUGGCAGGCUUACAAAGCUCGCCCUGUUGUACCGCGGUUACGCCGGUUUUAUGAGGGUGGAUUUCAGCCCACCAUGACAAGCCGGGAAGCAGCAUUAAUUCUGGGCAUCAGAGAGCGGGAUGCCAUGGAGAAGAUAAGGGAAGCUCACAGGAGAGUGAUGGUGGCCAACCACCCUGAUCAUGGUGGUAGCGCAUAUCUUGCUACGAAGAUUAAUGAGGCCAAGGACAUGUUGUCCGGAAAAUCACAGAAUCAGGGGUCUGCAUUUUAAGUUGCAAUUAGAGAUGCUAAUUGUUCUAAUUAUACCCUGUCCAAAAAAAAUUUUAUAAAUAAAUCAAUCUAUUUAUUGGGGAGUAACCCAUUGAGUGCAUUAAAUCUUUUUGCUCU